AUGGACUUGAAACUAGGAGGUAAAUAUAAGCCCGGCAAGAAGCUAGGCUCUGGAGCCUUUGGAGAGGUCUUCGUUGCCAAAGAGACUAAUACUGAUGAAGAGGUCGCUAUUAAGGUUGAGUCUAAUAGAACUAAACAUCCUCAGCUCUUACAUGAAGCUAAACUGUUGAAGUUGCUGAAGGGGAAGGGUAUACCUGAACUCAAAGGUGCGAUUGUUGAGGGAGACUACAAUGUCAUGAUUAUGACCUUGCUAGGCCCGAGUUUGGAGAAUCUGUUAAAAUACUGAAAAGGAAAAUUCUCCCUACAUACAACAGUCAUGUUUGCCAUUCAGGCGUUAGAAAGGAUUGAGCAUGUCCAAUCUUGCAAUUUCUUGCAUAGAGAUAUUAAGCCAGAUAAUUUUGUCAUCGGAAGUAAAAAGCCAUCUUUAAUCUACAUGAUCGACUUCGGAUUGGCUAAAAGGUUUAGAAACCCAAAGACAGGACAGCACAUUCCUUGGAAAGAAGGAAAAAAUUUGACUGGGACCGCUCGUUAUGCUAGUUUAUUCACUCAUCUAGGAUAUGAACAGGCUAGAAGAGACGAUCUUGAAGGUCUAGGCUAUGUUAUGCUCUAUUUCCUUAAAGGAAAGCUUCCUUGGCAAGGGCUCCCCGCCAAAACUAAGAAAGAGAAGUAUGAAAAGAUCAAGGAAAAGAAACAGAAUACUCCAAUAGAAGAUCUCUGUGUCAAACUGCCCAAAGAGUUUGCUAAAUAUUUGAAUUACUGCAGAAGUCUUCAAUUCGAAGACAAGCCAUGCAUAUCAGAUUUGAAGAGACUUUUCAAGAACCUUCUUAAGAAGAAGAACCUCGAGUAUGACUUCAAAUUUGAUUGGAUCAAGAAGAAAACAAAGGUUCCAGCAGAUAUAGGCUAUGCUGACUCAGAUGGCGAAGAAGAGCCAAAUUACAGAGAUAGACUUAAGGAGAUCCUCAAUAAAAAAUAA